AUGGCUCCAACCACCCGCACCGACCAGCACAUCAAUCUCAAUUAUAUUCCCCAGCUGUCACAGCCGUCUCACUCUGGCUCCUCGACUGGCAACACGUCUCCUGUCGAGCCUCCCAACAGCAGCUCCCUACGUUUCCCCGGGAACACCUCAAAUCCUUUGGGGAACACGGCUGCGGGGGCAAGGCUAGGCAACGGCUCUCCGUCACACGACUAUGGCAGCCGUUUAUUCUCCAAGCGUGCGCGCGAGAUUCAAGCACAGGAGGGGCUGACCCCUCAAAUGUGGGGUCCGCCGACCAGUGGGAAUUCCACCCCAUUACGCGAAACAAUCCCAGAGUCUCCCGUUGGUGACAGCUUCCCAGACUUCAACAGCCCUAUGCCCGAGGCCUCGUCUGCUGCGCAAACGUCAGGUCGACGUGCCCGUGCCGGCACCCUUCCCUCGCGUUUCUCUCCCACCGCCGCCCCUCCAGGACUCAUGUCAGCCUCCUCGCUGCUUCCCAAGUCGUCACGCCCAACCCCUUCAACGAGUCCCUUUAAAUCUGGCUCUGGAACUCCGACCGAUAUUUCAAGCUUCAACGCCCUUGGCUCUACCAACGCUGCAGCCAAAUCGGUACUACUCUCUCGCCUUCGUGCUGGCUCCAUGCCUCAACGACCCGGCUAUCUGCCGCCCUCUUCUUCUCCCUUCGGCCAGGGCGUUUUCUCAUCAGGCUGGAGUAGCAAUCGUGACCGUAGCAGCACACUUCAGAGUAUCGCAUCCCAACCAUCGAAUGGCCCUGGAUCUCCCAUGUCUUCCUUCUCUCGUGACUCGCUCGCGGAUACUGAUGUGAAGACUCUCGACUAUCUCGGCCUUGUCGACACGCCUCAGCCCACUAGAGCAACUUUAGCGCCUUCUGAUAUUGAACUACUCCUCGAGAGCCAGCGGAAUGCCAACAAUCUCAAUGUGAACAGUGGUAGCCGAUUCCGAUCUUACUCGGUCAACGCAAAGGAAAAGUAUGCCGAAGAUGAAGAUGACCAAUACAGCGGUUACAGUGGGACAAUCACACCUGCCGAAGCGAAUGCUCUUCUCAUUCACGAGGCGGUCCGUCAGCACAACCUUGAAGUACAAGCAUUUGCCAACAUUGCCUCAAACGCCCGUCCCCGAGCUCGUGCGAGCACUGCUGGUGUGCUGGACGCUCCUUCUCGAGGAAUGAUGCGGAACUAUCUCCCCGCAAUGGGACGCUUCGACAACGGCAUGUCGACUGGCGACUUGACCGAGGACGCCGAAUACAAUCUCACCGAAGCAGUCAAGAAGCUACACCUUCCUAGUUCAAACCUCGGCGAUGAUGGCACAUUGGAAGGUCCGACUCGAUCCCUGUGGCUGGGCAACAUUCCUUCGUCGACUACCGUGUCUUCUCUCAAUGUGAUCUUUGCCAAUUACGGAGCGAUUGAGUCGACUCGCGUCUUGACCCACAAGAACUGCGGUUUCGUCAACUUUGAGACCCUUGAAAGCGCUGUCAAUGCCAAAUCUACACUGAAUGGCAAGGAAAUCUUCCCGGGUGCGGGUCCGGUCCGCAUCGGGUACGCUAAGAUCCCAAGUGCAGCAGCUACGCCGGGUCACAACGGUGUUUUCCCUUCACCAAGUCCAGACCCACAUGCCAAGGCUCCAGCAGAAGGCGGGGCUGGUGCAGCGGGCACCGCGAAAGCUGCUGUUCCUACGGCUAGUCUGCCUUUGACCACUCCUGAGCUGACAGCUAUCCGUGACGACAUCAUCCAGAUUGUCAAGGAACUUGGUGCUACUGAUGAGGAGCAAACCCGAAUCUCUGCUCAAGUCGACCAAGCAAUCAAAAAUAACAACUAUGUGGACGAAGUGCCUCCUGUCGAGGAGCCCAGCCACACUCGCACCCACGAUGCCCCUCGUCUGCGCGAGAUUCGUAAACGCAUUGACAAUGGAUCUUGUUCAAAGGAAGAAAUUGAGCAGAUUGCUCGAAAUAUGCUUCCUGAGAUCGCCGAGCUUGCUUCAGACUACUUGGGCAAUACUGUUGUUCAAAAGUUGUUUGAGUUUUGUGAGGAGCCCACCAAGGAGGCAAUGUUGGGCGAGAUCGCUCCUCAUCUUGCCAAGAUUGGUGUGCACAAGAAUGGUACCUGGGCUGCUCAGAAGAUCAUCGAUGUUUCCAAAACCCCUACGAUGCAAAAGAUGGUCGUGGAUGCCGUACAGAAAUACGCCAUGGCACUGUUCCUGGACCAGUUCGGUAACUACGUCAUGCAGGGCUGUCUGAAGUAUCAAAACUACAACAACUUCAUCUUCGAGGUCAUGCUUGGUCGACUAUGGGACCUUGCUCAGGGACGAUUCGGUGCCCGUGCCAUGCGAGCCUGUUUGGAAAGCCAUUUUGCAACCAAAGACCAGCAGCGCAUGGUCGCAGCUGCCAUUGCUCUACACAGCGUCCAGCUGGCCACAAACGCCAACGGCGCCUUGCUGCUCACGUGGUUCCUCGACACUUGUACAUUCCCAAGACGACGCACUGUCCUUGCUCCUCGUCUUGUCCCACACAUUGUUCAUCUCUGCACUCACAAGGUUGCGUAUCUUACCGUCCUUAAGAUUAUCAACCAACGCAACGAGCCGGAAGCUCGUGACACCAUUCUUCAAGCGUUGUUCUUCUCGCCAGAUGACCAUAUUCUCGAAGCCAUCUUGGCUGAUCAAAACUGUGGUGCCACCUUGAUUUUCAAGGUACUCACAACUCCCUUCUUCGAUGAACAGAUUCGUCCAGAUGUUGUUCAGAACGUGCGCAAUGUUCUUGUUCGCAUCAAGGCACAGCCCCAACAAGGCUACAAGCGUCUGAUGGACGAGGUAGGCCUCUCCACCCGUGGUGGUCCUGGACAUCGCGAACACUCCGCCACGCGUCCUGCCUCAAAGGACAGUGCGGGCAUGCCUCCAGCCAACUUUUACCAGGGACCUGGCUCCGCCUACGACCCCAUCGCGCUCCAGCGAACGGCCAGCAUGGAUUCGAACAGCUUCGAACAAUACGCCAUGGGAAACCCCAUGUACAUGCAAGGCAUGCCGGCCAUGAACAACCAGCAACAGAUGCAAUACCAGCAGCUGCUGGCUCGUCAAGGCCAGUUCGCCUACCCCCAAAUGAAUGGGUUCCCUCCUGCCGCUCCCGGCAUGGAUGCCUAUCGCAACGCAUCCCCGGUUGCAGCUCCUGGCUUUAGCGGCUCGCCCAUGAUGCAGCCCGCCAACCUUGCAGGACCGGGCAUGCCCCCAGGCAUUGGUGCCGGCAUGUACCCACCCUACAACAUGUAUAUGCCACAACAACAGCAGCAGCAGCAGCAGCCGCCAUCCGCUGGCGGCAACCAGCGGCGCGGAAGACUUAGCAGGAAUGCGUCUCCUGCCGGUACAACUCGACGUUGA